AUGAGAGCUGGACUUAGCACGAUCCAGCAAACUCUGACACCAGAGGCGGCGAGUGUACUAAACCAAUCAAUAGGCGAAGCAAGCCGCCGUAACCAUGGCCAGACAACACCACUUCAUGUGGCGGCAACACUGUUAGCUUCCUCAUCUGGUUUCCUCCGUCAAGCAUGCAUCAAAUCGCACCCUAAUUCUUCACAUCCUCUGCAGUGCAGAGCUCUUGAGCUCUGUUUUAGUGUUGCCCUUGAACGCCUCCCUACUGCACAAAACCUUAGUCCUGGCCUUGACCCACCAAUCUCCAAUGCUUUAAUGGCUGCACUAAAGCGUGCUCAGGCUCAUCAGCGGAGAGGGUGCCCUGAACAGCAGCAACAGCCACUUUUAGCUGUUAAAGUUGAGCUUGAGCAGUUGAUUAUAUCAAUUCUUGAUGAUCCAAGUGUUAGUAGAGUUAUGAGGGAAGCUAGUUUUUCCAGUCCUGCUGUUAAGGCAACAAUUGAGCAAUCUUUGAAUGCUUCUUCGAAUUCGAAUUCUGCUGCUAAUUCUGGGAUUGGAUUGGGGUUUCGUGCUCCAGGAGCUGUGGCUGUUCCUGCUCCUGUUACUAAUAGGAAUUUAUAUGUAAACCCAAGAUUGCAACAAGGGAGUUUCGGUCAAUCUGGUGCACAAAGAAAUGAGGAGGUUAAGAAGGUUAUUGAUAUUAUGUUGAAGAGUAAGAAGAGGAAUCCGGUUUUGGUAGGUGAUUCGGAGCCAGAGAUGGUAGUGAAGGAGGUGUUGAAGAGAAUAGAGAGCAAAGAAGUAGGAGAUGGGGUGUUAAAUAAUGUUCAGGUGAUUCAUUUAGAGAACGAGUUUUUAGAUAAAGCACAUAUAGCGGCGAAGAUUGUUGAAUUAGGGAUAUUGAUCGAAACUCGGUUAGGGAAUUUGGAUUGUGGUGGGGUGAUUCUUGAUUUGGGGGAUUUGAAAUGGCUUGUUGAGCAGCAAGUGAGCUUUGCUGGUUCUGGUGGGGUUCAGCAGCAGCCGAUUGUGUCAGAUGUUGGGCGUUCAGCUGUGGCGGAGAUGAGGAAGCUUUUGGGGAGGUUUGGAGAGGGGAGUGGUGCUGGAAAGGUUUGGUUGAUCGGGACUGCUACUUGUGAGACAUAUAUGAGGUGCCAAGUCUAUCAUUCUUCAAUGGAAAAUGAUUGGGAUCUACAGGUAGUACCAAUCACUCCUAGAGCAACUCUGCCAGGGGUGUUUCCUAGGCUUGGAACCAAUGGAAUCCUCAGUAGCUCAGUUGAAUCUUUAUCACCACUGAAGGGGUUUUCAACUGUGGCACUUGCUCCACCAAGGCGUCUCUCUGAGAACUUGGAUCCUUCUCGAAGAAUGAGUUGUUGCCCUAGUUGCAUGCAGAAUUACGAGCAAGAGCUAGUGAAACUUGUACCGAAGGAGCUUGAGAAAUCUUCAGAAGUCAAAUCUGAAGCAGCUCAGCCCCCAAUGCCACAAUGGUUUAGAAAUGCAAAGUCUCAAGAUGGUGAUGUGAGUACAUCUGAUCAGACAGUAACUAAGGAUCGAGAACUGAUGUUGAAGCAGAAGAGUCAGGAGUUGCAGAAGAAAUGGCACGAUACAUGCUUGCAUCUUCAUCCUGCUUAUCAUCAACCUAAUCUUGGAUCUGAAAGAAUUGCCCAACCAUCUCUCUCAAUGACAAACUUGUAUAAUCAAAACUUGCUUCCUCGCCAACCUUUCCAGGCCAAGUUAAGUUUAAAUAAAAAGCUGGGUGGGACCCUUGUGCUCAACCCAAAUCUGUUGCCCAGCCAACCAGUUGGGCAGGCAACCACUCCGCCUGGAAGCCCUGUGAGAACAGACCUGGUUCUCGGUAGACCAAAGGUUGUUGAGACCACUCCUGGGAAAGAACAUGAGGACCGCACCAAGGACCUUUUAAGCUGUGUUCCUUCUGAGCCGCAAUCCAAUUUACAUGAAUUGCAGAGCAGCAAAUUGGACGCUGACUCAUUCAAGAAGCUCCUCAAGGGUCUUCUGGAAAAGGUUUGGUGGCAACGAGAUGCAGCAUCCGCAGUGGCUACAACGGUGACACAAUGCAAAUUGGGUCAUGGGAAAUGUCGGGGUACUGGAUCAAAGGGUGACAUUUGGCUAUUGUUCACAGGUCCUGAUAGGGCUGGCAAGAAGAAGAUGGCAUCUGCUCUUUCAGACCUUGUUUAUGGGGCAAAUCCAAUAAUGGUCUGUCUUGGUUCACGGCGUGAGGAUGGGGAAUCUGAGGUGAGUUUCCGUGGUAAAACUGUUCUUGAUCGAAUAGCUGAGGCAGUUAGAAGGAACCCCUUCUCAGUAAUCAUACUUGAGGAUGUUGAUGAAGCGGAUAUGCUUGUUAGAGGAAGCAUAAAGCGGGCCAUGGAGAGAGGCCGUCUUGCUGAUUCCCUUGGCCGUGAAAUCAGUCUUGGUAAUGUUAUCUUCAUUCUGACUGCUAAUCGCUUACCAGACAAUCUCAAAUUCCUGUCAAAAGGCAUUUCGCUGGAUGAAAACAAGCUUGCGAGUUUGGCAAGUGGAGGUUGGCAAUUAAGGCUAACCCUUUCUGAGAGAACAGCAAAGCGCCGAGCCAACUGGCUUCAUGAUGAAGAGAGGUUGGCAAGGCCAAGAAAGGACUCCGGAGCAGCACUAGCAUUUGACCUGAAUGAAGCCGCUGAUGCAGGGGAUGAUAAAGCAGAUGGCUCGCACAAUUCAAGUGAUCUUACAGUUGAUCAUGAAGAUGAACAUGUCCUCAAUAACAGACUGUUGACAUCUGCAACUUCAUCAAUCUCUAACGAGCUACUCAAUUCAGUAGACGAUCACAUUGUCUUCAAACCUGCAGAUUUGGGCUCCAUUAGACUCGACAUUUCAAAUUCUAUAACCAAGAAGUUUUCGACCAUCUUCAGCAAUCAGACACUGAUCGAAAUCCAAGACGAGGCAUUGGAAAAAAUUGUUGGUGGGAUAUGGUUAAGCCGAGAAAGCUUAGAAGAAUGGACCAACAAUGUAUUGGUUCCAAGCUUGCGCCAGCUCAAAUUACGGCUACCUACAUACGCCAGCGAAUCUAUGAUCGUGCGGCUCGAGCCUGAUAUCGAUUCUGACAGCCGUAGCCAUGGAGAUUGGCUGCCAAGUAGCAUCAGAGUGGUGGUUGAUGGGUUGUGA